UGGUGGUGCGUGCGAGAAGGAAAAUUUCGUACGGCAAUCAUUCACAUCAGCAAUAGCAGCACCAGUAAGAAAAUUUGCAGCAGUUCAAGUCGUAUUUUCAAUUUCAAUUUAAGGUGGAUAACAUAAAUCUGCGUGAAAUUUUCGAUUUUUGGCUAUUAGUGCUCAAGCGGGAGUGUUUGCGUCGCCUUGAAUCACAGUUACAUAAUGUGUAAACAGAUAUUGUUUGAAUUGAUUUGAAAUUUAAGCAGUAGGUUUUUCUGCGACGACGGAGAGGGUUUUUUGGUAACAGUGUGCAAGCGAGAGAUUAGGCUGGACCGUCGAGGAAUGGAAGUGGCUAGCGAACUUCCGGUUUCGAUAGAGAACGGUCCUGUGGAAAAUGGAACCGGUGGUAAAAGCGGCAAAAAGAAACCUAAGCGGAAAAAUAAGGCCAAAAACACCAGCUCUGGUGAUGUGGGCUUGCCGGAAGCAGCUGGCAAGGUAGACGUAGAUGUAAAUAGUACUAGCAUUAAGCAGAACGGAACCCUGGAUGGACCACAUGAGAGCUCUGUGGAUGGGUUGAGUAAAUCGUUAGAUCAAUCUUUGAACUUAGGUACCAAUGAACCAAUAAUGACCAAUGGAACGGUGUCCAGUUCCGAGGAUCCGAACCAGAAGGCAAACGUCAAAGAAACCUCAACCUGUGUAGGAAAAAAGAAACACCGUAGUAAACACCGAUCGAAAGCAGCCAAGGCCUCGAUUCCGGUGAGCGAAAAUGAAUCCCCGACGUUAGCUCCGGAAAGCAGCGAAAAUAGUAGUAAACCCUCACCAGCGGAUUCAGCCAAAGUCUCAGCAGCGCAAAUUGUCCCAGCAAAACCCGUACCGGAAGUGCCACCGGAACCACCGAAGCCUCACAUCGCGUACCAAGUGUACGAAUCGGAGCUGCAGAUGCCAAGCAUCAUGAGCCUGAUCCAGAAGGACCUCUCGGAACCGUACUCGAUCUACACCUAUCGGUACUUCAUACACAAUUGGCCCCGUUUGUGUUUCCUGGCGCAGCACGAGGACCGCUGCGUGGGGGCGAUCGUCUGCAAGCUGGACAUCCACCGACAGACCAUCCGGCGGGGGUAUAUUGCGAUGCUGGCCGUCGACAAGGACUACCGGAAGCUGAAGAUCGGAACCACGCUGGUGCAGAAGGCGAUCCAGGCCAUGCUCGAGGACAACGCGGACGAAGUUGUGCUGGAGACAGAAAUCACCAAUCGGCCAGCGCUGCGGUUGUACGAAAAUCUCGGUUUCGUACGGGACAAGCGACUGUUCCAUUACUAUCUGAACGGUGUUGACGCGCUGAGGCUCAAACUGUGGUUUAGAUAAAACAUAAGCAAACAACACAACAUCAAUUUCAAAUUGAAAAACAAAUAAAACAAAUCAGCUACGACGGGUGGAAGGUACAUAAAACAAAUCGCUAAGUUGCAUUGUGAAACACAUCGUAUAUAUAUAUAUGGAACCAAUUGAGUUAGGUUUUCGGUAUUGUUUUUUUUUCUUCUUCUAUUAGGAAAUCGAAAAUAUUUUGUUGUACUAGUGAUCUAUUUUUCCGCUAUAAAAUAGUGAAAAAAAAAAAGAUUAUCGCCUCACUUUUUAAUGCAUUUUAUCCAGAACAAUCAUAAAAUUUAACAAACUGCGUGUUUGCACUACUUAUUCAAUAGAUGUGUGAAUUUUUUGAAAAAUUCGCAAAUGUUUUUCGAUUGAUUGUUUUCCUUAAUUUGGACAAUUUAUGUAAAAAUUAACUUCACGAACUUUAAUUUUGUUUCAUUUAAAAAAAACAAGAAUGAAAUUAUUACCGGUUGAAGCAAAAAGAAAGAAAAUCGAUCCUCUGCGAUAGUGAAAACAGUGCUAGAAGUUAUAUUAACUAACAAACUAACAUUAUAGUCACUAGUUGAAGCGACAAUUUCAUAAAAUAUAGCAACCAUAACUCGUGUAACGCGUCCCUCUAUUAUCAGGAUCGUGGUGAAAGAUAGAGCAGGGAAACCAUCGUCUGACAACUACCACAUCAAAACUUUAUUUAUUAUAAAAAUAUAUGAAACAAAAAAAAACAAGAAGCCGAUUAUAGCAUAGCAGCAAUAUUUCGAUUGCAGGAUGUGAACAAGAAAUUAAAAAAAAAACGGUUCUGCUGAGUGAAUGAUUUCGAAAAUCUAUAGAUAAACAUGCAGUCUGUUUGAAUUAUAACAAAACAAAAAAUCACGCGGAGAAUUUAUAAUAUGAAAAAGAUGCAUGUGUUUUCUUAAGGCUAAGUUCGAAACAAAAAAAAAAAAAGAAAUCUCGAAUUUCGUGAAAAAACAACAAAUUAACAACACACUUUGUACUGAUCAGCAUUGAAACUGUGUAAAUAAAGAUAAUCGUGAAUAGGCUGGCAAUCUUCUA